AUGGAUCCGCCGUGCACCACCUGUCGUGCCCGCCGGAAAGCGUGUGAUAGAACUCGGCCGGAAUGCGGAACAUGCAUCAAGGCGAAGCGGCAAUGCGGGGGCUAUGUCUCAUCAAGAAGUCGAGUUUUCGUCAAUGUCGAUUCUCAAAACAUCAAGACACCUAAGAAGCCCCUGAUUGGAAGGGCUAUUGCUUCAGCGAAACAGACACCAGGGGAUGUCGAUGUCAAAGCGACAUCAGCUCUCAGUCGCGAUUGUGCUGUAUUCCUGCGCAUUCUUGAUUUGACGACGGAGGAAUUUCAGCAACACUUUAGUGUACUGUGGACCGAGUUUCAUGCCAUCUAUGGGCGGACACCAGACGUGUGGAGUGCGGGUUUCAUGGAACUGGGUCUGCAGAAUAAGGCCCUGGAUCUCGCUCUGAUUUCUCUAGCAACGAUGCGAUUGUCAAUGUCCAAGCGUCAAAGCAUGUACCUUGUCUUCAGUCUGUCAGCAUAUAAUGCAAGCCUUCAGAUAUUUCGCCGUCUCCUUCAAAAUGUCAACCAACAGCCUCAAGGCGCUCUCCUGGUCGUCACCUCGUUAGUUUUCACGUUAUUCGAAGGCUCUCAGCAACGGCCCACGGGCAUCUAUGAGUCUGGAUGGGCCGGACAUCUCAAAGGGGCACUCGCUCUGAUGCAGAGCCAAUCGCCGAAGUCAUUCCAGGAGGGCGGUCUAUUGGUAGCUUUUAAAAAGAUCCGUGAGAUGGCUGUAUGCCAUUGA